AUGGAAGUUGGUUCUGAAAAACAGAAGACAGAAGACGGUGGACAAAAUGUCGACCUUCCACCCGAGAUAAUAGAUGCGAUUCUUUCAAGGUUACCAGUGAAGUCCUUGUGCCGGUUCAAGCUUGUAUCCAAGUCCUGGCAGUCCCUAAUCUCCGAUCUUGAUUUCGUCGCAAACUAUUCCAAAGCCACCAUUGAGAAUAUGGAUGUCUUGUUUAGAAGACGGCCCCUCCUCUUUACUUUAAUGGACUCGGAACCAAGCCAAGGGAUGUACUCAUUGGAUCUUGACCAGUUUCUCAAUGAGAAUCCUAAUGCUGGUGUUGAUGGUCUAGUAGCAACACCCUCUGAGCUCGACUUUGUUUACAAUCAUCUUCCAAAUGGUAUAGAUUGGUUUCCCUUUGCCCUAUAUUCCUGCCAUGGAUUGUUCCUGUCACAUUUAUGGUCUGGCGACUUCAGCGUCAAUUUGAUCGACCCUCUAACCAAGGAAUCAAAGACAAUACCAGAGCCACCAAAAUGGAGGCUUGGAUUUGGAUUUGGUCGGUACUUACAUGGAUUUGGAUUUGAUCACUCGAUCAAUGAAUACAAGGUGAUUAAUGGGCAGCAUUAUGAUGAUGGAGUUAUGUUUAGUGUCUAUACAUUGCAGAUUGGUUCUUGGCGACAGAUUGACUGCUUAUUUCCCUAA